AUGUCCUACCGCUCGUCACUCUACCCGGGCGCGUUCAACUCGUCCGCCGCGUCAUCCGCCUCGUCGUCGUCGCCUUCGCCCGCCGCGACCCUCCUGAUGGAGAAACAGCGCGAGUACACGGCGUUCGCGCAGGUGUGUGCGCACGCAGAACACCUCGCACACUUCCUGGACAGCUUUGCCGACAAGUACGAGGUCCUCGACGGCGGUUCGGAGGCUGUGGGAGACGUCGUCGAACACUGGCAGAACGUCUUCCGUGUCACUGGUCUUGCACUCGCCUCUCUCGCCGACAAGCGCGCAGCACUCGCCACUCCCUCGGACCCGUCCGCGCCACAGCCCACAGAGGCAGACGUCAACAACGUCGUCCUGCCUCCCGGCACGCUCCCCGACAAACUCGUUCGCAUCCCAGUCCGUCAACCUGACGACGAGGGAAGCGUUGGGUUGGCUGGGUCGGCUCAGGCGAGCGGGACGUCGACGCCGGGUAGCACAUGA